UAGAGUAAUUGAUUAAUAGUGUUUAGAAAUGUCAAACACACAUUAUAAUAAGACAUAAAGUACAAUUCUAUUUUAAAGGUCAUUUCAAUCAAUUGAGGUAACUUACAGUCCAGUAAGAAUCCAGGAAGUUAUCAGAUUAAAGUGAUAAUCAUGAUUAGCCCACUUGGUGGUAUGCAAAUAUUUAUUUACCAAUGGAUUCACCCUUCAAGUUUAUAUGCUCAAUCAAUUUUGAGACAAAAUCGAUUAAGUCAGAUAAUCCAUAUAUUAGUGACUCUAGUGUUAAUCGUCAAAGGUUUAUUUGGACUGUUUAUUAUUUUCUACGAAUCAGACUAUUCGAAUAACAUAAUUGCCAAGAUUGAAACAAUUUGGAGUGCAUUUAUUUAUAUAAUGUACGGAAUAACGAGUGCUUAUUAUUUGGUUGAUCGUUCGUUAUUCAUUGAGUUCUUAAAAAGUUAUACCGAGAUAAUUGAUCAUGAUAAAACUUUUGCUUCUGAAUUUACCACGAAACAGUUCACAAAGAUUAAAUUGUUCGUAUUGUAUUGUUUCUGUUAUGAAACGUCUUAUGAGAUAGUAAAAUGUGACCUUCGAUAUAUUCCCGAAGCUUUAGUGAGUCCAGACAAUUAUCUUGUAAAAUACUCUUUGAUUACUAUUAUACUUUUUUUCUAUAAAUUCGGCAUUCUGAGUCAAUUUCAUUUCAUUCUCGAGAUUUGUUUCCAUUUGGAAGCGGUUUUCGCUGUCCAUAAACGUUGUCUCAACACUUUAUCAUUCGAUUAUCUAGAUUUGAGAAAAGAUAUUCCAGAACAAAAGAUUCGAUUAAGUCGAUUUAUCUACUCAAAGAUCAUCAAGACUUGUAAAAUAAUCGAUAAGUUUCUGUUUCUUUCGUUGCUUACUUUUUAUAUUUUCUUCGUUGGACUUGAUCUGUUUGCAAUUCGCGGUUAUUUCGUCAAACCAAGGCCCAGUUUAGUUUUCACGAUAUUCAAAUUCUUUGGAGAGACAAACUAUCUAAUAUUGAUAACAUACCAUCUAAUUAAAGUUAAUCAACUAUCGAAUAAACUUUUCAACAAAGUUUACGAACUUUCAUUCGAUAACAAAUCAUUUGGAUUCGUUAAUGAGGUAAGAAAUUCUCUUUGUUUAUAAACCUAAUGAAAUCUUCAAUUCAAUAUUCUAAUC